GUCUGGGAAGAGCUUUUGCCCAUCCAUUUGCAUUCAGCUAUUCCUGAGCAGCCAAUAGCAUGGGCUACUAGCUAACAACAGGAAAUUAGGAUAAGCCAUGAUCUCAGAGGAAUCAAGACAGGAGAGAUCAAGGCACCGUUGCAGUCAGCCUUCCUCUGCUAUUGCAGCAGCAGAGAAGAUGGCAGCUUGGCUCUUCCCUAGGCUGAGCAGUGUCUCUGAUCCGAGUCUGUUCCGAAUCACCUUGGUUACCACUCUGUUGGCUACUGUUCUUGGAAAAUGUGGACCCCCACCCAAUUUAGCCUUUGCCUUACCUGUAAAGAAGGUGGACCAGGAAGACUUUGACACACAGACUGUUCUGAAAUACACUUGCCGUCUGGGCUAUAGUAGGAUCCGCUCAAAUUCGGACAUUGUCUGCAGAGGGGACGGCACAUGGGAAUAUGAUGAAUUCUGUGUCAAGAAACGGUGCCAAAAUCCAGGAGAUUUGCGUCAUGGCCAAGUGGAAAUCCAGACAGAUUUCUCUUUUGGAUCACAAAUACAUUUCAGCUGUUCAGAAGGAUAUAUUUUACAUGGCUCAACGACAAGUUUCUGCGAGAUCCAAAAUAAAGGAGUUGGCUGGAGCAAUCCUCUCCCUGAAUGUGUAAGUGUCAAGUGUGAGCCCCCUCCGGCCAUCAGCAAUGGGAAGCAUGGUGGUGGAGAUGAAGAUAUCUUCACCUAUGGCUCCUCAGUCACCUAUGGCUGUAACCCCAACUUCUCACUCAUAGGCAAUGCCACCAUUUUCUGCUCUGUGGUAAAUCAAACAAUAGGUGUCUGGAGCCCAGACCCUCCUACUUGUAAGAAGAUCAACUGUCCUCAGCCAGAUGUUCCACAUGGAAAGAUCAUCUCUGGGUUUGCACCCAUUUAUACUUACAAACACUCUAUUAUGUUCACCUGCCAGAACGGUUUUGCCCUCAGGGGCAGCAGUGUAAUCCUUUGUGAAGCUGAUGGUAACUGGAAUCCUUCUCCUCCCACCUGUGAGAUUAAGAGUUGCCUAGGCCGACCAGACAUUCCACAUGCUUCCUGGACAGACUACUACAAUGUUAGAAGAGAGGGUGUAUAUUACCCUGGGGAUAUGUUAGUGUAUCGCUGUGAUUCUGGCUAUAAACCUGCUAUAAAUGGGCCUACAUCUGUGAUCUGUCAGAGAGAUUUCAAAUGGAGUCCAUUCAACGGGUGUAAAAAGGUAUGUUGUCCAGUGCCGAGCCUGCAGAAUGUGAUAACCACCUACCGUACAGAAGCCCACUUUGACACAGGCUGCACUUACGUCUAUGAAGAUGUUGUGUCAUAUACAUGCUAUGGGGAAAAGAUGUUUUCAGCAACAUGCCAAGCAGAUGGCACGUGGCAUCCCCGAACACCAUCAUGUCUUCACAAUUGCAGAUUUCCUCCUAAAAUUGCCCAUGGAGAGUUUGAACUCAGUUCAACGUUCCUUGGCAGGAGCACAAAGGCUACAUACACGUGUGAGGAAGGAUACAGUCUAGUUGGAGAAGCAACACUAACCUGUGGCGAUUUGCUGUGGUCACCAGCAGCCCCCGAGUGUAAAGCGCAGUGUGAGAAACCACAGAUAGAACAUGGAAAGGUAUUUGUGAAUAAGGCUCAGUAUGUUGAACCUGAAAAUGUCACCAUCCACUGUGACUCUGGCUUCUCCGUGGUGGGUCCCCAAAGUAUCACUUGCUCAGAGAAUGGAACCUGGUAUCCGAAGGUGCCCAAGUGUGAGUGGGAUGCCCCUGAAGGCUGCAAGCAAGUGCUGCAGGGCAGAAAACUCAUGCAGUGUCUCCCAAGUGCGGAGGAGGUGAAGAUGGCCCUGGAGAUCUACAAGCUGUCUCUGGAGAUUGAGCUGCUGGAAUCACAGAGAGACAAGGCCAGAUAAGCAGUCCUGGAGUUAUCACUAUGAUUUUCCUUCGAGGGAGGAAAGGGGCAGCCUGGAUGACUGGCAGCUGUGAAUCGAGCCACUUCUGUUUAGAGACUCUUGUCACUGAGUGGGAAGUGGAUACCGUAAUGAAUAUCUAGACAUGAUCACUGCUUUGAGAUGAUGGUAUUAUCGAUCAUCUUGUGGCUAAUACAUUUUUGCUUUACUGGAUACGGAGUGAACUUUUUUUUUUUUCUUCAAUUAAAAUUUUA